AUGGAGCUACAAAAUGUCAGUAAGCCUGAUGAGGCUUUGCCAAAGUUCACUCACAGGCAAGAACAGCCCGUGGACGGUAUAGAAUCAGCCGCGGCGACGCGGGAUGAGGAAGUGUUAGAAAACAUACACGGCCCAAACGGGAUCAGAUUUGCCCUUUUGUUUACGUGUAUCCUGCUCGGAAGUUUUAUGAUUGGUUACGAUACCAGCUGUAUUGCAACACUGACCCCGGUCAUCACCGAUCAUUUCCAUGCACUCAAUUACCUUGGGUGGUACCAAGUAGCAUAUUUGCUCGCUCAAUCCGCAACAAUGUUGAUAUAUGGACAACUAUACUCUUUUUACUCGAUGAAGACGCUCUACAUGGCCUCAUCUUCCGUCUUUGUUGCUGGCUCCGUACUAUCUGCUGCAGCUCCAACAUCUGCUGUUUUUAUUCUGGGGCGCGCACUAAGUGGGUUGGGAGCAGCAGGCAUACUAGCAGGUAUGAACAUCAUUGUCGCACGCACUACAUCACUCAAACAGCGCCCUGUAUACUCUGCAAUCAUGGGCGGUACUGAAUGUUUCGCUCUGGCUUUUGGCCCCUUUAUCAGUGGGGUUAUAACCCAUUACUCAACAUGGAGAGUCAGCUUCUACAUUAUAAUCCCAAUUGGUGUUCUCACCAUUGCUGUUGUCUUCUUUAGCCUUGACCACAUUCGUCAAUCCGGGAAUGCACACAACAGCAAGGGUAGUCUGAAGCGUAUUGACUGGAUAGGCUUCGCCAUAAAUGUGCCGAUGACUCUAUGCUUGGUACUAGCACUGCAGUGGGCAGGAAUAACCUACUCCUGGGGCAAUUGGAGAAUCAUUCUCCUUCUAGUAAUUGCCGCCCUACUGCUUGCUAUAUUCCUGAUCGUGGAGUAUAGAGCUGAAGAUGACAGCAUGGUUCCACUGAAAAUGCUUCGUCAGCGAUCCGUCGCCUUUGCUAGUCUGAUUACUUUUUGCAAUUUCGCGCACCUUGCGGUGAUAGCCUACUAUUUACCAUUUUACUUCCAAGCAGUGCGCGGCGCAAGCACACUUGGUUCUGCUCUGAUGUAUCUGCCUUUAGCCGUGGCAUUGGGUAUUGCCGCACUAGCCGGUGGUCCUUUAAUAAGCUAUAUAGGCUACUAUAAUCCGACCUUGAUAUUCGGCAGCAUUCUCAUGGUUGUGGGAAGCGGGCUCAUAACAACACUCCGUCCUGACACUGGUCCCGGAAAAUGGAUACCUUACCAGAUCGUUUACGGAAUCGGCAUAGGUUUGGCUUUUCAACCGCCUUUUAUUGCAGUCCAGACCGUACUUCCGGACUCCAUGAUUUCCACAUCAUUGGUUGUGCUGAGCUUCACUCAGCAAUUUGGCGGUAUCUUUAUUCUAUCUAUUGCGCAGAAUGUUUUCCUGAAUCGACUUGCCCGCAACCUAACCACGCAAGUACCGGGACUGAACCUCAAUGAUGCACUAGAGAAUGGUGCACUGGGUCUUAUUGAGAAAAUCCCGGUGAAAUUCCGGGACCAGGCCCUGGUUGCCUAUAAUGAGGCCCUUGUGGGGGUAUUUUAUAUUUCCUUGGGUCUUACAAGUCUGGUCGUGGUCAGCACCCUCGGUAUCGAGUGGAAGUCUGUGAAGCGAACGAAGAAGGGAUAG